AUGUCUAAUUUUAGUGAUUGUGAUGAAGGAUUUGUUACAAGUGUUGCUUGCAAUCAAUCCAACCAUAGCUUUCAGAAUAUAAAGAAAGACAAUUAUGUUCAGGAAAUUAAAACAAAUGACAAAAUUAAAUGCAAUCAAUGUUUGAGACUAUUGUCACAAAACAGUGAUUUGAUGAAUGAAAACAUUAAUCUUAAAGAACUCAAUAAAGAGUUAUACGAUUUGGACCAAAAAAGACAGAACUAUGACAUUGAAAGACAAGAUUAUAUUUUAAGAUUAUUAAAGACAAUAAAGAAAUUACAGUUGAGAUCGAGUCGUAUGAUAUCAAGUGAUUGUCAAUCAACUAAUCACAAGAAAGUUGUCGACACAAAUAGUGGUGAAACUGGAAGUGAUUAUAAACUAAGAGGUGAGACAUCACUUCUGGAACAAAGCUAUCAGAAUGCUCUUCGAGAGAAUGUUAGUCUAAACAAGGAAUUGGAGGAAAUCAGGUCUAACUUCGAUAAUUUAGUCGAACAGUUAAGCAAAAUAGAGAGCGAACACAUCCAAGUGCUUCAAAUGCAGGCAAAUAUACAUAAAGAAGACUUUGAAUGUGAACGAAGAGAUAAACAAAUGUCUGAAAAACAACUGAAAAAAGUUACAAAAGAAAUGCAAAGAUUGGACACUAUUUGUCUAAAUUAUGAGAAAAAAUUUCAAUUACUUAUGAAACUCUGCAAAAUUAAAGAUCCAUUAAAUAAUAAUAAUAAUAAUAAUUCUGGUCAAAGCAAGAAUGGUAUUACCGAUGAAUCCAUUAAAAGUAAUUCACUGCCAAAUAAAUGGAAACAUAAAACUAGCGAUAAUAGUGAAAGUGAUUUUAAAAGUCAAUCAAAUAUUGAAAUUUUUAGUUCAGAUGAGAUACUCGAGUGUCCCAAUUGUCGACUAAUAUUUCCCAUUCAAUUUCAUGAACAUCUUUUGCAACAUUUUGAAAAAUGUCAACAAAAUAUUUGA